AUGGCACUCAACCGAUUCAAUCUACUCGAACGAAGACUCGAGCGUAAUCCUCAACUGAAGGAAGAAUAUCACAAGUUUAUGGCGGAAUAUCUCUCCCUUGGUCAUAUGCGUCGUGUUCAAGACAGCAGCAAGAACCAGUCUAAAGGAUACUAUCUCCCGGUGGUGAAGGAAGCCAGCACGACGACAAAGGUACGUGUAGUCUUCGAUUCGUCGGCCAAAACCUCUACAGGCUUUUCUCUAAACGAAGCUCUGUUAGUAGGUCCCGUGGUACAGGACGAUCUCCUGUCAAUCAUUUUUCGGUUCCGGACGUUUCUUGUCGCACUGGUCAGCGACAUUGCCAAAAUGUACCGACAAGUCCUACUCCAUCCAGACGAUACACUCUUCCAGAGGAUCUUGUGGAGGUUCAGCCAGUCAGAUCCAAUCGAAAUUUUCGAGUUGAUGAAGGUGACAUAUGGCUUGAGUCCAUCCUCUUUCCUUGCUACACGCACGCUGCAGCAGCUGGCUAAUGAUGAGGGCAGCAUAUAUCCACUGGCUGGACCAAACCUCGUAAAAAACUUCUACGUUGAUGACUUUAUUGGUGGAGCCCAAACCAUCGAAGACGCUGUACAAUUGAGGACGGAACUGAGUGAACUUCUGAAGAAAGGCGGCUUCGAACUUCGGAAGUGGACAUCCCACCAGUUAUCGGUCCUCAUCCGACGAAAUUGGCACGCAGUCGUCGAUCAAGUUCGAAGCAAAUGA